CCAUGUGGGUGGGAGCGACGCCGCGCACGCGACGCUCCCUCGCGCAGCAGAUUGUUCAGUUUAGUCAAAGCCGGGUGGAGCCUUAGUAUGAGGAGGUGAAGGGCGGAAAGUCAGCAGUCGGAGAAAGAGCAGUUUUUCUGUUGCUAGGUCGGCCUCGCCAUCGGAAAUUAGAUUGUAAAAACACAGUGAAAAAUGACGACGACCACCACUUUUCAAGGAAUGGACCCCGGCUCAAAAAAUAGCUCCAGGGUGCUCCGCCCCCCAGGCGGAGGGUCCAACAUCUCAUUCGGAACUGAUGAGGAGAAGCCCGCUACUCGCAAGAACAAGAUGGCCUCCAGCAUCUUUGCCGAGCCCGAGGACCCUCACGCUCACCGGAGGAACAACCCACCCGGUGGAAAACCCACUGGUGUGUUAUGUGGAGAGCCAUCAGCUCCCCUUAGACGAUGCCACGCCCAGCCUGUGGUCCAAAACAAUUCUGCGACUGAGAAGGCUGCUACCACUGGGGAUGGAGACAAUGAAACAGAAGUUCCAGACAAAGCCGAGGAGCCGGAACCUGCCCAGGAACAGAAGGAGGCAGCAGCACAGCCCUCAGCGUCUACACCGUCUGCUGGAGCUCCUGGUGGCCGGAGAAACCCCCCGGGAGGCAAGUCCAGUCUCAUCCUGGGCUGAGCACUUGCAUUUGCUUGAACUUCUCCGUCUGGAAUUAUAGUUUUUUUUUUCUUU